CAUAAACAAAUAUGGCCGACGAUUCGAAGAUCAGCGUUGCUCGUGUUUAACUAUUUCAGUCAUAGUUUUCAACAUGGCGUCUCGUCACUUACUCAACAUGGAAAAUAAGGGAUAUUCUGGCGCGUUGGGAACUUUUUUGAUGAGAGGAAAUGGCAAUUUUACAGGAUGUUUGGACGCUUCGAACUCUGUAGCAGUCAAUUCGAUCGAGAGCAGUUGACUUUAUCGAUGCACUUUCCUGUAAUAGGCGAGUGUUUGGGAUGGAGAACGACGGAUUUUGAAGAACUGUAUGGCGACCUAGGUCAAUGAUCAAUGACAAAAGAACUGGCUCGGGAAGUAAGUGGUUUUUAUUUAUCGAGUCCCUGUGAGGUUUGAUGAAUAGCAGAAUCAGUACUGAAUAUGUCUCGAUCGAGAGCAGACGGGACCAUGAGCUCUUGAUUGUUAUAUUUUAGAAAUUUUACAAAUUUCCAUACAGUUUCUUAUAUCAUUUGGACGCCAUUAUGGACGAAAUGCGCAAGCGUUGCCGCCAUCUUGUCCAAUAUUUCUGCCGAUGUUCAAAACAUCUUUUCAUAAGCUACCCAAGCCCCUUAUGUUAGCAACGCCUUAUUUAUCAGGCCUAACAAGGCCAAAAAAAGCUGUACAGGGCUGCUAACUUGAUGACUAACUUUGCUUUUUUUGAUAGUAACAAUCUAGAGUCAGUAGCAUCGUUGCCCUAAGGCAUUUUCCAUGGAUACAGCCGGUACUCUGUCAUUUGGAAACCAUCCUCUUGACACACGACACAAAUGGAACUCUGCUGAUGAUUUGUUAGCGAAGUGAGACAGGGUGGUUACCAAGCGCCGCACAUCGAGCUGAGCUACACAUCAUGAAGGACUCGUAAGACAGAAAUUCAGGGACGAUGUGGAUUUGGGUUACAGAGGAAUGUUCAGAGAAAUGGAAGAAAGGAGAAAAACAGGUAUAUUUUAAUGCUGAAACAAAGUUUAUGGUGGAGUAAAGAAAUUGAGAAUAACCAAUGGAAAGGAGUAAUGAAGGAAUAGGAAAAGGGGACAGUUGAGUAAUUCUAUGGAUUUACAGCAGAUUAAAAAGCAGAUUUAAAAGUGAAAAAGGGUCUUAGGACAAGUCUAUAUCAUGAGCUGUGGAUGAUCUCAGGCAUCAUAGUCACAAGGUACAAAAUGUUCCAGGAUUUUUUUAUGUUUUUUUGUUUUGUUUUUUUUUUUUAUCUAAGAAGUCUUUGUUUAGUAAAAUUGUGAUAUCACUGGAUUAUUGCUUAAUUACAUACAGUGUAUGUCUCAUUCAGGGCUGUUAAAUAUGAAUAAUUGUAGUUUGAAUUGUGGUAUACAGGGAGACUGUUUUAACUCUGCACACCCUAACAUCAGUAUGUAUAUUCUCCCCACUGUUCUCUAAACAUUUUCUAGGAUGCUGACAUUUCUAACAAUCAAGAGCUUCUGUAGUCAGUGAUCAGCUCUUUUAUUCUCCUGACCUUAAUGUUUGAUUCAGGGGGAAUUUGGUAAGGAGAAAAUAGAUGUCAGUCACUCUUAGGGGUUAAACUGCUGAAUACUUGGUCCUUCUUUAUCAGUGUUAACCCUUUAACUCCCAAGAUCUGAUUGUAAAUUCUCCCCUCUAGCUGCUAGUACAUAUUUCCUUAUAAGUUAGUUUUGAGAACUUGAUACUAGAUCAAGAUAGCAGCUUCUACCUGACAGGUUUGAAUAUUCUCAUUACCUGCUUGCUGAAUAAUGUAUGGAUAUUAUAGGGAGAAGUUUCAUGUUAAUCACUUGUGAGAGUUAAAGGGUUAAACCCUUUACAGGCCUCUCACCAGCUCAUGUUGCUCCAGGUCUCAUUCUCUCCUGCAGGUGAAGAAGCACUUUGGCCAAAGUGCAAUAAAUCCUUAAACUCUUAAGAUCUUAUUUUUAAUUCUUCCCUCUAACUGCUACACUUGUCCCUGUAGAUAAGCAACGAGAAUUUUGUGUUCAAUCAGCGUAACAUAUUGUACCUGAUGAGUUUGAGUAUUCUGAUUACCUGUUUGCUGAAUAAUGUAUGGAUAUUAAAGGGAGAAGUUACAUGUUUAUCAGUUCUGGGUGUUAAAGGGUUAUAGAGGCCCUGCUCACAGAUGACCUUCUUCUUUUUUUUAAAUUUAACCAUUAUGCGAAUAACUUAGCCUUCCUAGAAAUACAAAUAACCAGAAGUUGUUCCUCUUGGUUAGGAUCUUGAUGAAGAAUUUCAGAAGAAAAGAGAUUUUGUGGAGGAGUACACACCACUUACCAAGCAGACAUAUGGGGUCAGUCGUUGUUAUAUUUUUCCAAAUAGAAUCUUACUCCAGGGGUGCAUUAUGGUUCAGUCAUACAAUAGGCCAUUUUACAGUUGUGUACUUAGUUGCCAAGCCUUUGAUUUGGAGUGAGGCUGAAGGUGACCUUGUUGUGUUAGAGACCAGAAUCUAGUUAGCAUGAUAACAAAUUAAUUUGCAUUUCAAAAGCAGCAAGGUUUGUAUCAUAACAAGGUCACCCUCAGCCUCACUCCUGUUCAAAGGCUUGGCAACCAAGCACACAACUGUAAAAUGGACUAUUCAUAUGCCAUACAAUUCAUAUGAUGUUUGUUCAGAGAAUUUGGUUUUGGAUCAUACAUACAGUGUAUGUCUCAUUCAGGGCAGUGAAAUAUGAAUUACCGGUAUUGUAGUUUGAAUUAUGGCAUACAGAGAGACUGUUUUAACCCUUCACACUCUAACAUCAGUAUGCAUAUUCUCCAGACUGUUCUCUAGACAUUUCCUAAGAUGCUGACAUGGAGAAUUUGUCUAACAAUCAAAGAGCUUUUUAGUCUGUGAUCAGUUCCUAUAUUCUCCUGACCUUAAUGUUUGGUUCAGUGGGGAUAUGGUAAGGAGAAAUUUGAUGUCAGUCACUCUCAGGGAUUAAACUGCUGAUUACUUGGUCCCUCCUUAUCACUGUUAACCCCUUGCAGGCCUCUCAGCAGCUUGUGUUGCUCUACUAGGCCUCAUUCUCUUCUGCAGGUGAAGAAACACUCUUGCCAAAGUGCAAUUAACCCUUGAACUCCCAAGAUCUGAUUAUUAAUUCUCCCCUGUAGCUGCUACACAUUUCCUUGUAAAUUACUUACAAGAAUUUGGUGUUCAAUCAGGGUAAUAUCUUGUACCUGAUGAGUUUGAGUCUUCUCAUUACCUGUUUGCUGAAUAAUGUAUGGAUAUUAAAGGGAGAAGUUACAUGUUCAUCACUUCUGGGAGUUAAAGGGUUUAAAUGAGGCCCUGCUCACAGAUGACCUAACUUUCUUUUGAAUUUAACCAUUACAAGAAUAACUUGGCCUUCCUAGAAAUACAAAUAAUUAGAAGUUAUUCCUUUUGGUUAGGAUCUUGUUGAAGAAUUUCAGAAGAAAAGAGAUUUUGUGGAAGAGUACACACCACUUACCAAGGAGACAUAUGGGAUCAGUAGUUGUAAUAUUUUUCUAGGGGUGCAUUAUGAUUCAGUAAUUCCCUUAACUUUCUGCCACACAAUUCAUAUGAUGUAAGCUUGGAGAAUUUGGUUUUGGAUCAACUAACAAUCAGAGCAUCACUUGCCAGCUUGGUGUUGUAUUGAUGUGGUGAGGAGAAAUAAUGUUUUGGUCAUGCAUGGGUUUAGCUUCUAAGUAAGAUUUGACAAUUUUGAGAUUAUUUCCUUCAAUAAAUAAAUGUUUUUCUACUUAUGUUUUUUUGUUGAACUUCACCAGAAUGGUACACAGUCAGCAACGUAUGUAGCAAUGUUUUAUUUGCUGGAAUGUGUAAUCUGCAUUAAGGUUGUGUAGGCUGAAAUAGUGAAUUAAAACUUCAGAUCUCAUGAUUUUAGUGAAUGGUCCAGUCCAGUGAAUUUUAACAGAAAAUAUGGCCAAAACAUUGAUAUCUAAAGAACAUUCAUGUGAAAACAACAUAAGGGUGGCAAAGACAUACUUGAAGUAUUAUUCAACCAUAGAGUAUUUUAAUGUACCAGGAUGUUGCAAAAUAUAUGAUUGUUUUUGAUAAUAAAUGAUACUGUAUGAUUAUGACAAUCUAACCAUGAUGGCAUAUAAUAAUACAUAUGUAAGUUUGGUAAUUUUGAAUUUCUUUGUGAAUUUCAGGUGUUGCAUUAGCAGUGAAUGAUUUUAGUUCUGGCAUCAUGACAGCAUCUGCUGGUGAUGAUAAUAGUACCAAGGAAUUGAAAGGGUUUGUUGUUCUUUGUCUGAAAUUGCUAAAUGAUAUGAUUUUGUAAUAAUUACUUAAUAUUUAUUUCAUAUCUUUCCAUUAUUAACCUGUGGUGGCAAACUUCCAAUGCAAGCAAUGAUGGACCAGACAUAUAGUUUGGCUGAUUUUUUUUUCCCAUGUGAAUAACCACUGUUUUACCACAUCUCACAUGCUAGCUCUACUUGCUGUAACCAUCAUGAGAACUGGCAAUAAGAGGCAAUCAAGACCUAUCAAGACCUUAGCAUGAUAGUCCUCUCUUGUUGAAGUGAUCAGCAUCUAAAUUCUCCUCACCAUAUCACUGCUGCAUAGUACAUUAAGGUCAUGAGAAAAAAGGAAAUGAUAGAAAAAAACAAAGAAGCUCUUGAUUGUUGAACAACUUCUCCUUGUCAGUAUAAUAGAAUAUGUACCAAGAACAGUAUUGAGAAUAUACAUUCUGAUGUCAGGGUGUAACGAAAAGCUAAUUUUAAAAGCUUUUUUUACUUUUACAGGAGUUUUGUGACUUUUUCAAGCGCACUAAAUGGUGUCAAGGUAUGAUAGCAUUUUUAGACAGGAACUAGUGUUGCUAGCAGUAUUUUCAAUUCCAAGAGUUUAAUUUGUUUUGUCUUACUUGUGUGUGUGUCGUCUUCUUUCUUCAGGAAUCGCUGGAUGUUAUGUCCACUAAUGAUGACAACACAUUAGGUUUUACUUUAGAACUUUAUUCCAGAUACAUGGAUGCUGCCAAUUAAGGUAUGUGAAAUAUGUAUUGGAAAACUUGGAUCUUCUUUAACUCUUCAAAGGAUACCAACUUUCCUUUUCUGGGCAGGGUUAGGGAAGGGGAAAGGAGGUGACUAUUUUCUUUUGGGGUGGGGUGGGAUGAGAGCAUUAUCACAGCCUGAGAAAAGCUCAGGAUCACUGCACAUCUAAAAAUGACAGAAAAGAAAAGCCAAAAAUAACCAAACAACAACAAAAAGUCAUCAGCCAGACUGUUGACCAAUCUAUUCCUCAUAUCCCAAAUGAUUUGUGGGUUGUGUCUUGAGUGGGAACACUGGGUUCUACCUGCUCUAUCUCUAUUGCAUUCAAUUUUUUUCAAUUCAUUGGUGAGUAUUAGAGCAUUUACAUGAAUGUAGCACAAGAGAGAGGUUAUCUGUAGAGAAAGCACCCUUUGGAGUAAUUUACAUUUCAUUUUCAUACUGCUAAGCAAGAGGGAUGGAAAACUUGCAAACAAAGACUGGAAUGGUGGAACGGAAACAUGAACUGACUUGGGGAGUUUUUUUUCAUUUACAAUGCUUCAUGGUAUAAUUGAAUUUGGAACCAUCAAGUACAGAUGAGAUGGAAUGUGGGACUUCUGGAUUACAAUUCCAGUGCCCUAACUUUGAAAACCCCUUUUUUUAAUUGGUUAUUUCUUCUUGCUGUCUCAAGAUGAUUAUUUUAACUGUUUACUGCACUUGUUUUGUCCAUCUGUUACCCUGCAGGAGAUGCUUUUCCGUCGUACAUGUAAACUAGUUGAGUAUGAGAACGCAACAAAAGCACUGGAAAAAGCCAAACCCAAGAACCAAGAAAUGGUAAGGUUCUAACAAACAUGUGCUUUGCACCUCUCUCUGAUUUUUUACAUGUGAUUGAGUGUUGUUUUUUUUUUUUUUUUGUUUUUCUCGUGAUUCACAUGAGGCUGCACUUAGCAAUAUACUCGAAGUUCAAGUUGAGCUUCUGAAUAAUUAUGGUGAACACCAGAAUUGAAGAAUCCUAAAUUGUUUUACACAUUUUUUUAUUUUCAGCUUCAAAAAGCCAAAGACGAUGCAGAGGAAGCAUACAAUUCAAUUUCAGAAGCUGCAAAGAAAGAGGUGAAUAAAAUGAUAUAAAAAAGGCCUUUUGUUUUACUUAGACUUUUGGCUUACUGUUUUGCCAGAAAAUUUUGCAUGCCACCCUUGCCUGGUUGCAUUUCUUGGUUUUUUUUACAGGCAGACCACCCUGUUGUUGGUUUACUUGUUAGACACGUGUCAAACAAUAAUAUGAAUAUUUGUGCCAUUUUCAUGUUAAAACCUGAAUAUCAAAAAAUUAGUUUACACCACACAAGUGAAUAGUGUUUUUUGUACACACUGAUUGGCUAACUUGAAAGUGGUGAGCAAGUACCUUUAACCUCUGAGAAUCCAAAGUGACAAAAUCGCUCAUCAACAAUCUGAUUUUCAACCAUUUUCCUUGGUUUACAAUGAAUCCUUUGUGCCGGCGUAAUAAACAGAGGAGAAAUGGCAGAUAAUUUAAAUAUUUGUUAAGGGCACUUCAAAAGAAAUUGUCAUUUCGCUCUAACUGCAGUAGACAAUCUGCUUACUCGAUUGAUUUUAAUUUUUGUUUUUUUUUAAUUUAAAUAUAGAUGACCCGUUACAAUAGGCAAAGAGUGUUGAGCCUGCAAGCCAGUCUUAUCCAGUACGCUGAAUCGCGGUUAAAGAAUGGAAGAGAUACCUACGCCAUUUUGGCCAAACUAUUGAAUGACAUGAAAAAAUCUGCUUAAUCAAUGAGCACGGAGAAAAUAGACGGCACCGUAAAUUUGGGAGGCCAAAAUUUAUUUCUAAUUUUCUUUAUGAAAUUAGAUUAUGUUGAUUUGACACGGAUAAUACAAAAAUAAUUUUUAAAACGAUGCAAGGUCGUUUCAGGCAUUGGCUCACUCCAGGUGUUCAGUUAGUAAAACGGAGCAGAGACUGGAGCGGAAAAGUGAAACAGCAAGAGAGGCUUGGGUUAGGUGGGAUUCAUUGAGUGACUCAACCCAAGCCUCCCUCGCUUUUUCACUUCUCUGCUACUAUAGUGCUGUUUACUAUCACACUUUGUUUUGCCGACUGAAUGCCUGGAACAGGCUAUUCAGGCACUAAUCAUAACCAUUGCAAUCUCUUCAAAUGUGAUUGGUGCAUUAGCUGCUUCAUUUUUUCACGUCUCAUUCUGUACAGCUUUAAUUGGACAGCAUAAUUGGACAGUUGGCUUUAAUUGGAUACCUGUAAUUGGACAGUUGAAGCAACGAAUCAUACUAAGUUCAGUCAGCCAAAUCCACCAAUCACAGAGUUAAUCACAAUAACCAUAGCAACAACCACUUGUCUAAAAAAAAAAUUAAGAAUUUCCAAAAUGGAGACAUAUUUUUUUACUGUAGACAUUGUCUAUACCAGAGAUAUUUGACCUAAAUGUAUUUCUUGUUUUCAGAAAUAAUAACAAUUAAGAUUAAAUGGUAACAGGACUUUUUGUCGUCCACUUCUUUCUGUAAUCAUACUCGUGAUUGACAAAUUGGUCUCUUGCUUUGCAGUCGUCCAAUUUUGUUAAUCACGUGUAUGAUAACAACAGACCGAAUAAGACUCCACUCAGUCCUAUUACCAUUGUAGAUUGGCUGGAAAUGGUGGCAAAAAUCCAGCAAUUACUUGAAAUUUAAUCAGCAAAUAUUUCAUGACAGAAAGAAAUUUUCCAAUUUUGUGAAGGCUACUAGCCUUGAAUCAAGGCUCUAGAACAUUCAAUAAACACUUAACAUGGUGAAUUUUCAACUUUAUGUUGUUUUCAUACAGAUCACCAUUAUACUAAAGAGUGAAUGAAUUUCUUUACGUCUUAUAAAAUAAUAUUUUUAUUAAAUCUGAAUGAAUGGGUUUCAAAUAUGCAAAGUUUUAUACAUACUUUCAAGGUAACAGACAUUAUGGAAAAAAAUUUGCUCUCCAAUCCUCUGAAAAGUACCAACCAAAAAAUUGAUUUCCUUUGUAUUGAAAAGCUUUUGAAAUUUAUAUUACAUAUAGCGAUGAUAAGUUUUUGUUUGAAUUGCUUCAUAACUACCUGUAAAGGGCAGAACUUGACGUUUUCAGUUGACUUAAAUGUGAGUAUACUUGUAUUGCUUAAUAUGUUAUCUACUGCGCUAGCUAAUUAAGGCCACAAUUUUCAAUUCAUUAAUACUAAUCGCAUAACGUGAUGACGUCAUAAACGGAAUUCACUGCAUUACCACUUGCUAGUCAGAAGAACUGUGAGACACCACUGGAUUUUGAACGCAACUACUCCAAGCAUUAUUCAAUAAAGGAGCUGUUUAAAACCGUGGACUGAGUUAAUCUUCGACUGGCAAAAUAUUCAAAAUCCACGGUGGUCUGCUACAAAGCGACAACUGGAUAAGCGAAGAUGGAAAACGCAGCCGAAAUCGAGAAGGCUAAAGGCAAGCGUACAACAGCUAAAGGAAGAUUCACAAGAAAGAAGAACUUCCUCACCAAGUCGAUAAACAAUAACCAAGGCGUAGAAAUAGUUGAAACAAACUAUGCGAAACUCGCGGAAGCGUACGAUGAACUCGAAGGAAAACAUGAAGCCUACAUCGAGCUAUUGCCAGACGAUCAGUCUGAAGAAGCAGAAGUGUGGAUGACAGAAGUCCAAGAGAAGUUUAAUGAGGCGACCAAUCGCAAAAUCAAAUAUGUGGAACAAAUCACUGUGAAAGAAAGAUCAACACGUGCGUACGCGGAGCGUCAAGAAUACAUUGAUAAAGCACGCACAAGACAGAAAACAGUGCGCGCAGUUUUCGAAGCUUCAUACAAAAGUAUCUCGCACGCGCUGCAAUCUAAAGAAAUUCCCAACUUUGCAUUGAGAGAUUUACAAAUGCAAAUUGAAGAAGAAUUUUGGAAUGCAAACGAUCAAACGCAGAACUACUACAAUUAUUAACUCAAGACUCAGCAGAAGCUGAAAUAAAUUGGAUCGCUACAAUCCAAACCUGUUAUCAUGAAAUAAAGGAGAAAAUAGCGCUAAGCUACACUAAUGUGGAAGAAGCUAAAGAAACAAAGCGGGAGUCUACCGCCUCAGCUUCCUUUCUACAACUAGAAAAAGUACGAAUGCCUCACUUUGACGGAGAACUACGCAAGUAUCCGCAAUUUAAAAGAGAUUUCCAGAAACAAGUUAUGACUCAAAUCCGAAAAGGUGACGCAGCGUACGUCCUACGCACCUGUCUUAAGGGGGAGCCAGCGAGAUUGGUGAACUGCGUAGACGACGACAUAGACGAGAUGUGGCAUCGUUUAGACGACAAAUAUGGAGACCCAGCCAAAGUUGCCGAUGUCAUCAUUGACGAAAUAAAGCGAUUUAGAAUGCUCAGAGAAGGAGAAGAUAAACGCUUUAUAGAAUUUGUAACCCUCAUAGAGGAUGGUUAUCGUAACCUAAAAAAGGACUCGGCUUGGAAACAGAGAUCACAACCACAAGUUCAGUCAGCGUAAUUGAGAAAGCACUCCCGUCAGAUAUCAAACGGAAAUGGUCCGAACGGGUAAGCUCUCGUGACAGUCUUGUUGAUAAAAGCAACAAAUUUCCAAGUCUUCUCGACUUUCUACAGAGUCAAAGGGAUGCCAUUGAAUACGAAAGUGCUACAAGCCGUGCAGGAAGCAGCAACCAAUAUCACAAGGGCGCAGCACAUUACUCGGAGGGUAUCACAGUUGGAAAAGACGAAAGUACCAAAGAACCUAGGCCUAAGUGUCUGAUUCACGAGAAUGGUAAGCACUGGACGUCAAAUUGCCGACUUUAUCAAGCUAAGACAGUUCACGAAAAAGGGAUUUUCUCAAAGAAAAGCAAGCAUACUGGGCUUGUCUUAAGCCUGGUCACAGGCAGCGGACUUGUAGGAUAAAAGAGAUUGCGGCGUGAAUGGCUGCACGAGGAAACACCACCCAUCAAUUCACGAAAACGAUGAAAGUACACCCCAGCAAGCUUCUGCCUCCGCCAAUGUAUGCAGCGACUCCAACGUCGAUACAUGUCUUCUCCAAGUACAGAGAGUAAAACCAGGAAGGGGACAGCUAAUGUAAUGUGGGACAACGCAGCCUCACUUUGCUUCAUAACCAACGCUAAAGCGAAACAAGAGAAACUCAGUGGAGUCAAAGUGAAUCUUUCAAUAGUGAAGAUAGGAGGGCAGAACGAGGAAAUCGAAACAAUGAAAUACAAGCUGCCACUUUUGGACAAGCGAGGUCAAGCCGUGGAAUUCGAAGUAUAUGGGAUUAACAAAAUCACCUCUGAUAUCGAGCAUGUAAACGUAGAGAGCAUCGCCCACCUAUUUAGAAACGUUUCAAAGGAUGAAAUAGCGCGACCCGCUGGUCCAGUUGAUGUGUUGAUCGGUUAUAAAUACGCCGCCUUUCACCCGGAAAAGGAACAGAAUAAUGGGCAUCUUGUACUACUGAAAAAUCGUUUUGGAAGAUGCGUUGGAGGAACUCACCCACUGCUUAAAGAAACGUGCAUGACCCAUAAUCUUGGAAACGCGAGAGUACACUUUGUAGGCAAAGUCAAUGUCGAAGAUUUUUACACUAUCGAGGCACUUGGUGUACAGUGCAAACCGAAGUGCGGGGGAUGCAAGUGCGGAAAAUGCUCCUUGGGCGCCAAAGAUUAUACCAUACAGGAAGAAAGGGAACUGGAGUUAAUUGAGCGGAAUUUACGUUUCAACAGUGAAGACAACUCAUGGACCGCUGAAUACCCCUGGAUAAAAGACCCCCAUAAGCUUCCUAACAACCGCAAAGUAGCGAUGGCGAAAUUAGCUGCUACCGAACGACGACUCAGAAAGAACGCAGAUCACGCGAAAGUGUAUGACGAACAGAUAAAGGACAUGGUGGCAAGAAAUGUGGCAAGAAAGCUAUCCGAGGAAGAAUUAACAAACUACACAGGCCCUACGCAUUACAUUGCCCAUCACGAAGUACUCAAACCAGAAUCGAAAUCUACUCAAGUCCGUAUAGUUUUCAACAGCAGUGCGAACUAUAUGGGGCACGUAUUAAACGAGUAUUGGGCAAAGGGUCCUGACUUGCUCAACAACUUGUUAGGCGUCUUGAUACGCUUUAGAGAGAACAGAGUUGCUUUCAUGGGAGACAUUAGGAAAAUGUACCACACAGUGAAAACGUCGGAGUUAGACCAACAUACUCACCGAUUUCUUUGGCGCGACAUGGAUAGUACGAGAGAACCAGACACCUAUAUAAUACAGCGAGUGUCAUUUGGAGAUAAACCGUCCGGCACGAUCGCCACUGUAGCAUUGAGAAAAACGGCAGAGAUGAUGCGCAAGAAUUAUCCGGAAGCAGCAGACAUAAUUCAAACCAACACUUACAUGGACGAUAUCAUCGAAAGCAAAGAUAACAUUGCACUGGCCCGUGACCUUAGCCAAGACAUAGAGAAAGCUAUUAUUAAAGGAGGAUUUCAAGUUAAAGAGUGGAUAUUCUCAGGAGAUAUUAACAAGCAAGAAGAAACGAUCAUGGUACAGACACCGCAUACGUCGACCGAAAAGAUACUUGGGAUCAAAUGGAAUCCAUGUGAAGAUCAGCUAUGUUUUGAAGUCAAGAUCAAGUUCUCACCAAAAAGAAAGAGAUAUGCUUUACAAACAAAUAACGUAACCACAGAUUUUCCCCCUCAACAACUCACGAAGAGGAUGAUUCUCUCACAGAUCAAUAGUGUAUAUGAUCCUCUCGGACUAGCUGGACCGUUCACUGUAAGAGCGAAGAUUCUAAUGCGGCACUUAUGGGGAAGUGAACAGAAGCUUGACUGGGAUGAUCCCAUUCCUGAAGAGAAUAGAGAGAACUGGAUAACCUUCUUCAAAGAUUUAAAAGACAUGGAUCAAGUACGAUUCAUGAGAUGCGUGAAGCCGUCGGAUGCAGUUGGAGAACCUAUUCUCAUUAUAUUUAGUGAUGCAUCUCAAGACGCCUACGCUGCAUGCGCGUAUGUACGCUGGGAACGGAAAAAUGGUCAAUUUGAAAGUAACUUGAUCAUCUCUAAGAAUCGCCUAGCUCCAAUCAAAAAAAUAUCUAUCGAUCGUAUCGAACUAUGUGGAGCAGUAUUGAACAAACGUCUCAAGAUCUUCAUAGAGAAAGAAUGUAGAUACCAAUUUCAAAAAAUCUAUCACAUUGUUGACUCACAAAUAGUACAUGCUAUGAUACAGAAAAAUUCCUACGGUUUUAACACCUUCGCUGCCACAAGAAUUGGAGAAAUACAAGAAGGAACAAGCCAAACAGAUUGGUACUGGAUAGAGAGCGAACACAACAUCGCUGAUUGUCUCACGAGAGGGAAGAAGCCUAGCGAUAUCGGGCUCGAAAGCGCAUGGCAGAAAGGACCCGAAUUCCUACGACAACCAGAAGAUGAUUGGCCAAUAACUCGCAAUUAUUUAGAAUCACAACUGCCAGACCGAGUCAAGACGGCAAUGGCUAUAAAAAUCGAAGGAUUUCAGGAUACCCUUGCAGGAAGGAUUCAUAUCACCAAGUACUCAAAUUAUAACAAGCUCUUAAGGGUGACGGCAAGAGUUCUGAAACUCUAUGACAGAAACCCCAAAACAUCUCUGAAAAACACAACACGUGAUCUCACACCACAUGAUUUGGAAAGGGCUGAAUUAUUUUGGAUACGAGAAGCUCAAAAAGACAUGGGGAAGGAUAUCGAGAACGGGAAUUACAAAAGAUUAUGUCCUAAGAUGCGAGAAGAUGGUAUAUAUGUGAUUAGAGGACGAAGCGAGUUAUGGAUGGAGAUGAGCUACAACAAGAGAGAAGUAAUACUCCUUCCAUACGAUCACCCAUUCUCACGUUUAUUUACAGAGCAAAUACACAGAAAAGGGCAUCAUGGGAUAUUAACUACAGCCAGCAAAGUGCGUACCAGGUACUGGAUCCCGAAACUGUUGAAACUUGUGCAAUCAAUCAAGUCCAAAUGCGUCGUUUGUAGAAAACUUGAUAAAAAAGUCAGUGAACAAGUAAUGGGCAACCUUCCAACUGAAAGGCUGAAACCAGCCCCUCCAUGGAGCAGUACAGGCAUCGAUUUAUUUGGACCUUACAAGAUUCGCGAUGAAGUAAAGAAAAGAACAACAUCUAAGGCGUAUGGAGUGAUAUUCAACUGUCUAGGGACAAGAGCAGUUUACUUGGAUAUAGCAGCAGACUAUAGUACAGACAAAUUCCUAAUGGUCUUCAGACGAUUCGUGUCACUACAUGGUUACCCAUCUAAGCUAUUCUCAGAUAACGGUACCCAACUCGUCGCAGCAAAUAAAGAGCUUUCUAAUAUGACCAAGACUUGGGAUUGGAAUAAACUAAAAGGUUUUGGCAUAACUGAGGGAUUUGAGUGGAUCUUUACAUCCGCAGACGCACCCUGGCAGAACGGAGUCACAGAAGCUCUCAUAAGAUCUGUAAAACGAGCUAUUAACGCUUCUAUUGGCGAUAGUACCUUAACAUUCUCAGAGUUACAAACAGUACUUUACGAGGUCGCCAACUUGCUGAAUGAAAGACCAAUAGGAAGGCACCCUGCGUCACCUGAUGACGGUGCAUAUCUUUGCCCAAACGAUCUUUUGCUUGGUAGAGCAACGGCACGAAUACCAAGUGGCAUGAACUUUGACGAGCGAGCGAGUAAUAGAAAACGGUUUUCGUUCGUACAAACGAUAAUAUCUUCUUUCUGGAAGAAGUGGACGCAAAAUUACUUUCCCAGUUUGCUGAUACGUCAAAAAUGGCAUACAUCCCACCGUAACUUAAAAACUGGAGAUAUCGUUCUUAUACAGGACUCGAGCUUGUUAAGAGGAAAAUGGAAGAUCGGGAGAGUUUCUAAUACAUAUCCAGGAACGGAUGGGAGAGUCCGGAAAGUAGACGUCGAAUACAAGAACAUAACAAAUGAGCCUGUAACUAAAUAUAAAGGAAAAGGCUAUAUAAGUGUACAGCGACCAGUACAGCGCCUAAUAUUAAUACUGCCUAUUGAUGAACAGUGACUGAACUCUUAAAUUUACUUGUAAAUCGUAUACUUACUAUACCUCAUUUCAGAUGGGGGAGUGUAUUGCUUAAUAUGUUAUCUACUGCGCUAGCUAAUUAAGGCCACAAUUUUCAAUUCAUUAAUACUAAUCGCAUAACGUGAUGACGUCAUAAACGGAAUUCACUGCAUUACCACUUGCUAGUCAGAAGAACUGUGAGACACCACUGGAUUUUGAACGCAACUACUCCAAGCAUUAUUCAAUAAAGGAGCUGUUUAAAACCGUGGACUGAGUUAAUCUUCGACUGGCAAAAUAAUACUUCUUAUCCUGAUGAAAACUAUGUUUUUCCAGUGUAAUUAUUUUUUUCAAUAUAGAAUGGACCAUAUACA